CUGCAGCCGGGCAGAGCUGACUCAAUCCGCCAGGUCACAGACGGCCCGAUAGGCUGAGGAGAGAGGAGAGGAGGUGGACCUGAAUCACAGAAGUUCCCUUCUGAAACGAUCGGUUGAUAUUUAGUUUGUUUUUUUGUACAAGAAAGUCGUUUAUUACAGUAAAAAAUGGGGAACCGGGUCGCCCGUGAGGACUACGAGUGGGUGUACACAGACCAGCCGCACGCCGACAGGAGGAAAGAGAUCCUGGCCAAGUACCCAGAAAUCAAGUCGUUGAUGGGUCCUGACCCGAGGCUGAAAUGGAUUGUUUGCAUGAUGGUGGUGAUACAGUUUCUAGCUUUCUACUUGGUCAAAGACUUGGACUGGAAGUGGGUUUUGUUUUGGACUUACGCCUUUGGCAGCUGUAUCAACCACUCAAUGACACUCGCUAUUCACGAGAUCUCCCACAACGCGGCCUUCGGAAACAAGAAGGCCAUGUGGAACCGCUACUUUGCCAUGUUUGCCAACCUACCCAUCGGCCUGCCUUACUCCGCCUCCUUCAAACGCUACCACCUGGACCACCACCGCUACCUGGGUGGAGACGGUGUGGACGUAGACAUCCCCACUGACUUUGAGGGCUGGUUUUUCUGCACACCCUUCCGCAAAUUCAUCUGGAUUAUUCUGCAGCCGCUGUUCUACGCCAUCCGGCCCCUCUGCAUCAACCCCAAACCCAUCACUCAGCUGGAGGUGACCAACGCGGCCGUGCAGCUCACCUUCAACUUCCUGCUCUACUGGCUGUGGGGGGGCAAACCUGUGGUCUACAUGAUGGCUGGGUCCUUGCUGGGGAUGGGCUUGCACCCCAUCUCUGGACACUUCAUAGCCGAGCACUACAUGUUCCUCAAGGGCCACGAGACCUACUCCUACUACGGCUCCCUCAACCUGCUCACCUUCAACGUGGGCUACCACAACGAGCACCACGACUUUCCCAGCAUCCCCGGCUGCAGGCUGCCCAUGGUGAAGAAAAUCGCAGCAGAGUAUUAUGACGACCUUCCUCAGUACUCAUCGUGGGUGAAGGUGCUGUAUGACUUCAUCAUGGAGGAAACCCUGAGCCCUUACUCCAGAGUCAAGAGGAAGCUGAAGGGGGACGUCAAACAGGAGUAACUUCACUGGAAGCUUCUGGAAUGAAGCUGCACUGUCUCACCAUCCCAUCAACUUAGUAGCUUUUACAUAUUAAUACAUACAGCUUAGGAAAGGAGGGUUGACACUUUGAAACCGCCUUUUUCUCUACAGGAGAAGAACGUUUAUUGUUAUUUUGUCAGACAAAAACAACAUUGUUUGUUCAAAUGUGACUGAAAAUGUAGGAGUGUGUUUAGAGUCAGUACAUAGGGCUGGUUGCACAAAGUCUUUCAUGUAGAAUUGUAAUAACUCAUUUUUAACUCAUUUUUCCAAGGCAUCGGUUUCAAAGUACCACAAAAUGCUACUGUUGUAGAUGUUCUGAAACUCUAGCUGGUGUGCUAAUGUGCACUGAAUGCUCUGGGAAUAUUUGCAUCAAAGUGUGGUACCAAAUUAUGCAGUUUCCCUCUACUUGUAUAUUAGAUCCUGAAUAAGUCAGUAUUUCAUUCAUGUUUAAAGGUUAGCAUUUAGCUAGUAAGAGCGAAACAAAACAACAUGUCUUUGUGCAAUCAGCCCCAGAAAUAACCAUCACGAAACAAACACAGCAAACUAAAAAACUGCCCAAACAGUUUGCAAACCAUAUCGAAGCUGUCCAUUUCUACGGUCAGAGAUCAGCAGCAUAAAAGCAGCUAUGCUAUUGGUUGACAUCUUCAUUUCGCGAUUGGACCAAAGUUGCCUCUGAGUGAAUCCACUCAUCAUUAAUAUCCCUCCAUAUGAAAUGCGUUGGUUGCAUAACAUGUGAUAGAAUAUGAAUUCAGUCUCGCUUGGUUGCUUUUAAUAUUUUAAAUGCAUUAGGAAACCUUUUGUGGCCUGUGACACAUUUUUAAAACUGCUCUUUAACAUGCAACCCCUAAAUGUUAUCACAACAUUGUGCAACCUGCUGUCCUCACACAGUGACUGAGAAAAGGUUCUGUUGUAUGGGAGAUGAACGUGUGUUACUCAUCAGUGCCUCACAGCUUUUAUUUCAAUUUGUGGUCUUAAAUUUCAAUUUUACUAUGUAUUCAUUUUGAUGAAAUAUCUGCCAAGAAUAGUUUUGAAUCAAUGCCUGUACAGCUGAGGCCCUGUCCUCUGUGUUUCAUCAAGCAACCAAGAACAAAUGAAAUAUGGUUGCUAUUGAAUUGGCGGAUUCCAACAUUUUUCAUAUAAUAUAUUGUUACUCUAAAGCCAAUAAAAGAAUGAAUGAAAAACUGGA